UUUCUUUGAAGGGUCCUGAACAGCUGAUCUAGAUAAUGUUUUCUUCUGAAAAGCCUGACAGGAAGUGUUAACGUCAUCGCCGCGUGCGGUCUUGACGGCGGCGGUGCGUCAGUCAUCAGUCCGGUCCUAGUCGUGUCGGAGCCGCCGCGUCUCUUCUCUCUGCGGCGGAGAAAUAAGAUGCGGAGCAGUCGCGGGACCGCAGCCUGUGAUCCGGAUCAGUCCAGAGCCAGAAGCAGAGCCGGGCUAGCUGACCCCUCCGGCCCGGCACGGCCCGGCACGGCUCGGCCCGCAGACAGCAUGACAGCAGCGGCGGCGGCGGCGGCGGAGAGCGCGACAGAGAGAAGCUUCAGCCGCUGAGAGACGCAGCUAACCGGCAGCUAACGGCGCGAUGAGCGCGGAGGGAAGCGGCACGAUCCGCAGCCGCAUCAAGAGCCUGCUGCGCUCCCCGUCCAUCAAACUGCGGCGGCGGAGCGGCGCGGCGGCGGCGCGGCACAAAGAGAACCUGACGGACAGGGUGACCUUGGAGAAGGUUCUGGGUAUCACGGCUCCAGGGAACCGGGCACUGUCCUGCGAUCCUCGAACUGGACUGUUGGCUUAUCCUGCUGGGUGUGUUGUCGUCCUGCUGAAUCCUCGGAAGAACAAACAGCAUCACAUUUUCAACAGCUCCAGGAAGACGAUCACAACGUUGGCGUUUUCUCCCGACGGGAAAUAUGUCGUCACAGGAGAGAGCGGUCACAUGCCGGCGGUGCGGGUGUGGGAGGUGUCUGAGCGUCUGCAGGUCGCUGAGCUGCAGGAGCAUAAAUAUGGCGUCGCCUGUGUGGCGUUUUCUCCAAACGGCAAAUACAUCGUCAGCGUGGGCUACCAGCAUGACAUGAUGGUCAACGUCUGGAACUGGAAGAAAAACGUCGUCAUAGCAGCCAAUAAGGUGUCCAGUAAAGUGACCGCCGUCUCCUUCUCAGACGACAGCUCCUACUUUGUUACCGCCGGCAACCGGCAUGUCAAGUUCUGGUACCUGGACCAUGCCAAGACCUCCAAGGUGAACGCCACCGUCCCUCUGCUGGGGCGUUCAGGGCUGUUGGGAGAGCUCAGGAAUAACUUUUUCAGUGAUGUGGCGUGUGGGCGGGGCCGGCAGGCCUCCUCCACCUACUGCAUCACGUCGUCUGGUCUGCUGUGUGAGUUCAACGACCGCCGACUCCUCGACAAGUGGGUCGAGCUGCGGACGUCUCAGGCCACCUGUCUGUCCGUCACAGACGAGUUGAUCUUCUGUGGUUGUUCUGACGGGACGGUUCGAGCCUUCAGCCCCGUCAACCUGCAUUUCUUGUGUACUCUGCCCCGCCCACACUGCCUCGGCGCCGACAUCGCCAGUAUGAUGGACGCCAGUCAGCUGUUCUGCUGCAGGUCGGACGCUCGUUACCCGGACACGGUGGCGGUGACCUAUGACCCCACCAACCGCUGGCUGUCAUGCGUCUACAAUGACCACAGCGUGUAUGUGUGGGAUGUCCGUGACCUCCGCGACCCCCGCAGGGCGGGAAAACUCUACUCUGCCCUCUACCACUCGUCCUGUGUGUGGAGCCUCGAGGUGUAUCCUGAGGGGGGAGGAGCAGGAGGGGGAGGUGAGGUGCGUCCUGCCCCGGGCUCCUUCCUGUCCUGCUCCUCAGAUAACACCAUCCGACUGUGGAACAUCGACGGCCUCAACGUGCUGAACAGGAACAUCCUGAGCCAUGACCUGCAGAAGGUCAUUUACGUGGAUGACAACACAACGAGCCUCCUGGAUACAGAGAGCGUCACCGUCGCCGGCGGCAGCACAGAGAAGGCGGGGACAUCGGGCUCAGAGGGGCAGCAGGCUGACCAGAGCAGGGCAGGCAUUAGGACCCUGAGAGUCAGUCCUGAUGGACAGCACCUGGCCUCUGGAGACCGCAUGGGAGUCCUCAGGAUCCAUGAUCUGGUCAGUAUGGAGGAGAUCUUGAAUGUUCAGGCUCACGACUCAGAGAUCCUUUGCCUCGAGUUCUCCAAACCAGAUACUGGUCUCCAGCUGUUAGCCACGGCCAGUCGGGAUCGUCUGAUCCACGUCCUGGACGCGGGGCGGGACUACAGUCUGGUUCAGACUCUGGACGAACACUCGUCCUCCAUCACCGCCGUCCGAUUCGCUGCCAAUGAGGGCAAAGUGAGGAUGAUCAGCUGUGGAGCCGAUAAGAGCGUCUACUUCCGCACCGCUCAGCAGACGGACGAGGGGUUAGAGUUCACACGGACUCAUCACGCCGUGAGGAAAACGACGCUGUACGACAUGGACGUCGAACCAACCAGGAAGUACGCAGCAGUGGGCUGUCAGGACCGCAGCAUCAGGAUCUUCAACAUCGGUAACGGUAAACAGAAGAAGUUGUAUAAAGGAUCUCAGGGAGAAGACGGCACUCUCAUUAAGGUGCAGAUCGACCCGUCAGGUCUCUACAUCGCCACUUCCUGUUCAGAUAAGAACAUCAGUAUAUUUGACUUCUACUCUGGAGAGUGUGUGGCCACCAUGUUCGGACACUCAGAGAUCGUAACGGGUCUGAAGUUCAGCAGCGACUGCAGACACCUGAUCACCGUCUCUGGAGACAGCUGUAUCUUUGUGUGGCGUCUCAGUCCAGAGUUGACCAUCAGGAUGAGGCAGCGACUCGCUGACCUCCGACCUCCCAACAGCACCCAGAACUCCCAGAAUGCACCUCAGCAACGGCCGGGAAACCUCAGCAGGGAGGCGUCGUCUCCGCGUGUCGUCACCAUGUCGUCUGACAGCGAUAAGGAGGAGGAAGAGGAGGAGGAGGAAGAGCUCGUCUGCCCUUAUAUGGUCACAACAGGAAGCCUGGAGGAGGAGACAGAUCCGUCUGAUGAGAAGUUCAACUCUCUGGACCCUCAGAGCUGCAGGAAGGAGGCGUCGGCGGGUCGACUCCCUCGCCGCCGCUGGUCCAGGAGGACGGGCAGCGCUGACGGAGUUCUGAUGGUGAAAUCCAUGUUGGACCUGAGACUGCUGGACUCGUUCUGUCCCGACAGACCAGAGGAGCUGCAGGCGGAGCAGAGCGAGGUGAAGACACGCCCCCUCGAUGUUGGGACCUCCCCCUGUAGCCCGAGGAGGAGGGGCCAGGGUCUGGAGGCGGGGCAUCAUAGCAGGACCAAUCAGGAGCUGGGGAGCACCGUCAGCCUGCAGGUCACCACUGCAUGGGCGGAGGACGGCGAGGAGAGGACCAAUCAGAGGCCAGACUUCAUCCUACUGUCCAAUCAGAGCCCAGACAGGGAGGACCCGGUGCUGUAUCCUGACCAAUGGGAGGACAGAGUGAGCCUGGCAGGAAGUGAGUUCCAGGUGAAGGAGGCGUGUCCUGCUGCAGGUGGACGUCAGGACAAACCCAGUCCAGACAGCGGCUGCUCACUGGGAUUCAACUCCAGACUGUCGAGUCCAGACAGACGUGCAGGAGACGACUCGGAGCACAUUGAGCCUGUUAGUGGGGAUGGAAACUCCUCUGAGCUGGAGAUGGAGGAGGAUGAAGAGGAGGGAGGAGGAGGAGGAGGAGGAGGAGGAGGAGGAGGAGGAGGAGGAGGAGGAGGAGGGGGGGUCAGAGUGUCUCAGCUCGUCCCUCAGACUCCAGACCAGGAAGCUUUCCUGAAGGAACACUUCGUCACACUGGCCGACCUCGCAGGCUCAGGAAGUCCGAGCAGAGCGUCUCACAGCUCCAGCGAGAGUCUCAGCAUCUCCUCCAGGUUUCUGUCCCAGAAUUCAGCUGGAAGUCGGGCUGUGGCUCCUCUCCCCUCUCGGACUACUGGAGGAGGAGGAGGAGGAGGGGAGGUGAAGACCCGUCCUCUAGUUUCUGAGGUCCGACCUCUGAUGGAGCAGAACCAGAACCGGACCCAGGACAGGAGGGUAUCGUGGAACCAGGACCAAACCCAGAACCAGGACCAAACCCAGCCUCCUCAGGUCCAGAACCAGCUCCCGGGCCGGGCGGAGGAGGAGGCGUCCUCGGCCCCGCAGACCCUCCGUCCCUCCCCGCUGAAGAAGAAGGUCCAGACAGCCGUGGAGUCCAAGAGAAACCUGGGCCCGACGGCCCGGGCCGCCGCCUCACACCUGAACUCCUCCUCUGGACUCAGGAAGGCCCAAUCAGUCAGCAGCCUGCUGAGUGACACAGGUGACGCCUCUGCCUCCCUGUCGACCUGUCGUCCGUCCAGAGACGCCUCCUCUCAGCUCCUCCUCCCCCCGCAGCGUCCCACUACCCUCCCCUCCUCCCCCAGACGCCCCCCCUCCACAGCCCCGCCCUCUCAGAGACCUAGCCCGGCCUCCCCUCGCUCCCCCCAGCAGGAAACAGCCGCGGUCACCUUGACUGCCGCGGCUGCCGCCAUGCCCAGGAAAUCUUCCUCCUCCUCGUCUUCGACCGCGUCAGCGUCGCGCUCCUACAUGAGCCCGACCGCCAGCUCCAUGGCCAAGAUAUCCCGCUCCGUCUCCAUGGGCGACAGCCUCAACGAACCCGCUGAGGAUCCAGCAGUGACAUCAUCAGCAUCAUCAGCACCAGCAGCAGCGGCGGUGGCAGUAACCUCCUCCUCCUCCUCCUCCUCUUCUUCUUCUCAGGUCAAAGAGGCUCCACCUCCUCUUGUUGCUGUGGUGCCCUCAAACGCAGCUCUGGCCACGCCCCCUCACGCUGCUGUCGUCCCCGUUGUUGUCACCUCCCCCGCCUCUCUGGGUAACCAUGGUAACCAGGUGGCGCCUCCCCCCCGCGGUCUGCAGGCUCGAGUCCCCGGCGGCAGCAGACCGCUGCCUGACAAACUCUCCCUUGCCUCCUUCUCGCCCCCCACCAAGACCGCCGCCUCUUCCUCCUCCUCCUCCUCCUCCUCGUCUCGGCCGCCUCCUGUCUCCGUCUCUCCUCUGACUCCGCCCCCGCAGGAGGAGGAGCCUCAGACUGCUGCAGGCGACGGCGGAGUGGAGCAGAGAGAUGAUGCAGACCAGCCAAUCAGUGUGGAGACCUGCAGAGCUCUGACCAAUGAGCUGCAGAGCUGCUUUAAGAGAGCAACACACCUGUACAGGAAGGUGAGCGGCUCCUGUCCAGAUGACUCCGCCCCUGAGCAGCAUCAGAUGGCUGUCGUCCUAUCCGAGGCCUUCCAGGCCAUGAGGGCGGAGCUAGACUCGCUGCCGCUCAGCGCGCCGGGCAUGCUGGGAGUGGAGGGGGGGCUGCUGGGGGGGGGGGGGGGGGGGGGGGGAGGUGAAGACGGCGGCUCUGCUGGAGGAAUAUUCUCUGCUGCUGCUGCAGGCCGUUCAGCAGAGGAUCCACAACAGCAGCUAGACUCCCCAGCCUCAUCAUCCUCCUCUUCAUCAUCAUCAUCCUCCUCCUCUUCCUCCUCCUCUUCCUCCUGUAUCUGCUGAUCAUCAGUCGAUGAGUCGAGGUCUUCACGGCUGCAACACGUUAACAGAGAUUUAUUCUAAUCAUCAGAAUAAAACCACGAGUAUAAACGUAAAGUCAUAGAAACUAAAAUCAUUUGUUUAUUUGCUUCAAAGACAGUAAACAACAACAACAAACAAUAAAAGACGAAGGUCGAACCUGUUUAAUAUUUAACUGCAUAAAUCAGCUCAAACUCUAGAAAACGAGACAAACAGCUGAUGAGUUUUACCUUCAUCUUCCUCUUCCUCCUGCGCUGAUUGAUCACAUGAUCAGAGCUGAUACUGUCAGACAUGUUGACCCCUGACCUCUGACCUCUGACCCCAUCAGACUGAGUAGAGUUUGGACCCGUGAAGACCUCAAACUUCAUCUGAGUCCCUUUCCUCUUCAUCCAAAACCAUCUUCUUUUUCUCCUCUUCCUCCUCCUCUUCCUCUCCAUCCUGCUGGUACUU